AUGGCUAUCUCUUCUUCUAUGCUAUCCCAGGUCAUAGCCAUUGCUCUUGUACUGGCGCCCAGGAUCUACAAAUUCAUCAUAUACCCAGCCUUCCUCUCCCCACUGGCCAAAAUCCCUAAUGCCCACUUCACCUCCCCGUUCUCCCCUCUCUGGAUCUUAUGGAGGAGGUUUCGAACGACGGGAAACAGGACCAUUCAUGCCGCUCAUAUGAAAUAUGGACCCAUUAUCCGUCUGGGCCCAUCAGAAAUAUCGAUCAACUGCUACGAAGGUGGCAUUCGGACGGUUUAUACAGGUGGAUAUGAAAAGCAUGAAUGGUAUCCGCGGCUAUUCGGCUCGUUCGGAACUAUAAGCAUGUUCUCGAUGACUGGGAACAAACAACAUUCGGCUCGGAAACGCAUGCUAGCAAAUAUAUAUUCCAAGUCCUACCUACAAGCAUCGCCUCAGCUCAAGGCAAUUACCGAAGCAAUACUCUUCGAUCGACUUUUCCCAAUUCUCGAGGAGUAUGCAAGUUUGGAGUCUUUUGUCGAGGUCCACGAACUAAACAAUGCAAUAGCUCUGGAUUUUAUAACUGGAUAUAUCUUUGGCUUACCAGCCGCUUCAAAUUUCCUACAGAAUCCUUCACUACGGAGGAAAUGGUUCUCCACAUAUCACAGCCGCAAGCAGUUUGAAUUCUAUAUUCAGGAAACACCGGUGUUACUUUCCUGGUCUAAAAAGCUUGGUUUUCCUUUGAUCCCGAAAUGGUGUACAGAGGCAAACGAAUAUAUGGAAACCUGGGGACUAGAGGCAUGCGACAAAGCGGAAGAAAACAUUUCCUCGACGAACCCAGUAGCCGUACCAAUAGUGUAUAGACAGCUGAAGCAAGCACUGGAAAAGCAAUAUGUUGUUAACCCUAGGUCAGAGCUAGGUGAUAAGAAUGCAGCCCAGCAGGUACGGCUUGAGGUUGCAUGUGAGGCUUUUGACCAUCUCACAGCUGGUCAUGAAACCAGUGCCUUAACUCUCACAUAUUUGUUCUGGGAGCUUUCGAAGAAUCCAGGUCUUCAGGAUAAGCUGAGGGCGGAGCUGAGGACACUUUCCCCUAACGUGGCACCACUAAAUUCAAAUGCUGAUUCAAAACUUCCUUCUCACAAGUCAAUUGAUGCCCUUCCUCUGCUAGAUGCGAUAGUCAUGGAAACAUUACGCCUUCAUCCGCCAAUCCCAGGUAUCCAGCCUCGAAUAACCCCCGCAGACGCCUCUUUGGCGGGAUACCAUAAUAUCCCAGAGAAUACACGGGUUAAUGCCCAGGCCUACUCUCUUCAUAAAAAUGAAGAUGUUUUCCCUAACUCGGAUAGUUGGCUUCCAGAUAGGUGGCUUGCUCCCCCAGGCCCCCAGGAACUAGAUGAAAUGAAGCGUUGGUUCUGGGCAUUUGGCAGCGGAGGUCGAAUGUGCAUUGGCAGCCACUUUGCCUUGCAGGAGAUCAAACUCGUGGUUGCCGCGAUCUAUACAAACUACACCACUUCCGUAGUGGAGGACAAUGGAAUGGAGCCAAUUGAUGCAUAUACAACUCGUCCAACCGGUAACAAGCUCACUUUAAAAUUUGGACGUGCAUAA